CUCGACUGUUCAUUUUCAUUCAGUGAAUCUCCUGCGCAGAAGCUCGUGCGUCACUCUGACUGCAGUUGCGCGUUGCCGCACGAUAGGGAUCAAUUGCGCGCACCUUCACCUGCCCCAUGCAAACGCGAGCUGCCUCCACCCGCCAUUAUUACCGCCUCUCGGCACUGCUACACCUAAACAUCACUUUCGACACGUAAUUGCCUCACCACCGCUACGUUACACAGCGACACCGCACCUUUCUCGACGAACGGCGCUGCCGUGGCCGCAUCAUCAUGGAGUCCCCGCCGACAUCGCCGCCAGCGCGCGGUAAACGUCCUAUGAGCGCAAUGGUCAGGCCCAAUCGCAGCUCGAGUCGAUUAAGUAUGAGCAGCAAGAUGGGAGGGAGCCGUGCUUCAGACGACGAGAGCAAGACGGCAGUCAAAGUGGCUGUCCGAGUACGCCCCCCACUGAAGCAGGAGGACCCAGGGUUCGAUCUCGUGCCCCAGCGAUUCCGUUCGCCGCGCUGUCAUGUCACCUCACCCACCAGUCUCUCUGUCGACCCAGCUUCGGGCGGCCGAAAAGUCUUCGUCUUCGACCGCGUGUUCGGGGAGGAUGUCGACCAGGAAGGCGUCUUCGAGUACGUCUCUGACAGCGUCAAUUCCUUCGUGGAGGGAUACAAUGUGUCCAUUUUGGCGUACGGUCAGUCAGGCGCCGGCAAGUCUUAUACCAUGGGUACGACAGGGCCCAGCGACCAGGGCAACGCUCAAGUCAUGGGCAUCAUCCCCCGCGCAGCCGCGCUCCUCUAUGAAAAGCUCGAAGGACCCAGCAUUCAUGCGCCUGGAUCUGGCAUACGCCCUCCCAACUCUCGUGUCUCCAGCAUGGGUUCACAACACUUCUCCAGCAAGUCAUCUUCCAAGAAGAGUUGGCAACUCACAGCCACCUACGUAGAGAUCUACAACGAACAGCUGCGCGACCUCUUGCUCUCCGACACAGUACCAUCCGCUCAACGCCCAGAGGUGGCCAUCCGUGAAGAGCCUGGAGGCCGAAUCAUACUCGCCGGUCUCACCCAAGUUGUAAUCAACUCAGUAGAGGAUCUUUUGAAUGCACUGAACUUUGGUUCUUCCAUUCGCCAGACUGACGCGACCGCUCAAAAUGCAAAGUCCUCACGUUCGCACGCUGUCUUCAGUUUGAACCUUGUUCAAAAGAAGAGCUCGUCUGCCCCCACCACCACACGCGAGAAACGCCGAUCGGUACCUCUUGAAGCUAUGUCAGGCUCCGGCGAGAACUUGGUCACAAUCGACAGCAAGCUGCACUUUGUGGAUCUAGCAGGAAGUGAAAGGCUGAAGAACACACAAGCUUCGGGCGAAAGGGCAAGAGAGGGUAUUUCCAUCAACGCUGGGUUGGCAAGCUUGGGCAAGGUCAUCUCUCAGCUGUCCUCACGCCAUCACAACGCUCACAUCUCCUACCGAGACUCACGCCUUACACGACUCCUUCAAGAUUCCUUAGGUGGAAACGCUAUUACGUAUAUGAUUGCGUGCAUCAACCCGGCAGAGUUCCACCUUAGCGAAUCCCUGAACACGGUACAGUACGCACAACGCGCGCGUGCCAUCCAGAUCAAGCCACAGAUCCAACAAAUCCACGAUGACAGCGACAAGCAAGCAACGAUUGCACGGCUCCGGAACGAAGUCCAGUUCUUGCGAGAUCAGAUGAGGAUCUCCCAGAACACAGACCGGCUCAAAACAGAUCCGAGCGAACGCGCCAAUCAGCAAUAUGAGCGCGAAAUGGAACUUCAAAACCAGCUUCUCGACUUCCAAGAGAACUACACCGCUCUUAGUCUCCGUCACUCUAAGCUGAUUGCUGAGAUCUCCAGAGUACGAGACGACGACGCUGCGGAUACACCCAUUCUCAGAGGCACCGUUGGUGAUUCUGCGCUCGAGCGCCUGAAAAGAUCUAAUACGUUUGCAGAUGCAGUCGAAGAUGUGGUAAUGGAGUACGAGAAGACGAUCCAGACACUGGAAUCUUCUCUUUCAAACACUCGAACGUCUAUGUCUGGGCAAGAAAGCGAACUUCUUGAGAGAGAAGCUCGCAUUUCUCUGCUCGAGAGUCAGAACCACCAGCUGCAAACCCGCAUUCAGAAAGCCGUGGAGCGUGAUGCUAGCAACGAAGAAUACGUGAAGUCACUCGAACGUCAAAUCGACAGUUCCGCGUCAGGCGUUGAAAGAACCGAUACUACUAUCUCUGAUCUCCGCGAGAAGUUGCAGAAGGCCAGGGAAAACGAGUCAAGCUGCGAGGAGUACAUCUCUACCUUGGAAGAGCGCCUUGCCGAGAACGAGCAGGAGGUUGAAGUCAUGACGCGCGAAAUUGAGCGUCUCAAGCACGUGGUUGGGAGACAACGCAGUAUUGGAAAGCUGGACAAUCUUCUUUACGAACUCGACACUGUACGCCAGGUAGACGCCAAACCUGAGGAAGCCUUGGCAAACGGUCACAGCAGGGGCCCCAGCGAUCCCUUCAUCGAGAAGCGAGUCUCUGGUGGUGGUCAAGCUCCACUCGAAGGCGCUCGUCACUUCAGCACUACAGUAGAUGCUAUCGCAGAGGAGGAUGAUGUCGAGCGUCCUACUACUGCAGGAGCAGCAAGUGGCAAAGGCGGGUCGGUAGCGCAGGACGACAGCCGCUCAGUCAAGAGCAUCUCCGUCAGAGCCCUCACUGCAGAGAAUGGCAUGGAAGAACCAUCAAGUCCUGCGCAGUCGAGAUUCGUUCACGAUAAGCUCGACUCUGUCACACAAGAGCUCUUCGAUCUUCGUGUCGAGCAUGAAGGGACCUUGCAGGAUUAUGAGAAGCUUGCAAGCAAGUACCAGGAAGCUUUGCGUACUUUGGCUUCCCUUCAAGACACUGUAGACGAAGCACGCCACGGAUCUUCUCGUUCGUCGGCUUUUUUAGGCAGCGCCGAAGCCAACGGCCUCGACAAGGAGCUUGGAAAGCCUACAUCAUCGCGUGCAUUGUCAUCGGAAUUGUACUCAGCAGAGUCUCACAACAUUACUACACCUGAGGAUGCCACUGAGGCUGGCCAUGAACAGGCUGACGCUCGCCGGUCAUCGACUGCUUCCACUGAGAGUGGAUAUUCCGUUCCAAAAGCAAUCCUCGUUCAGGAGUUGCAGUCUUUAAAGACACUGCAUGCUGAGAAGGAACAGCGUGUCGCUGAGCUCAAGCGGGACUACUCUGAUCUGCAAGAGCAACAUCAAGACGCGUUGGAUUAUGUCGAAGAGCUCAAGUCUGAGGUAUCGAAGGCCCAGCUGACCGCGCGCCCAAGCUCCCCGUCGGUACAUAUGAUCCGCCGCAAGUCCAGUCAGGCAUUACUCUCGAACGACCGCUCUAACCGUGCUGUCAACUCGCUCCGUAGCCUGGCGCUGGACAAGCUCGAUGAAGAACCUGCCCUGGCUUUUGAGAACAACCUGAGCGCAAUAAUGACGGAGCUCAAUACCAGAUCCGAAAGGGUCCAAGAGCUGGAGUCUGAGGUGGGAUCCGUACGAAAAGAGAUGGAGGCCAAGAUGACUCUGAUCAGUGGCUUGACAAAGGAGAGAUCCAGUCUGAAAACCUCUUCACCUCUGGACAUCGCUAUUGUUGCUACCAUGCAAGAUCAGAUUAGGCAGAAUGAGGAGCAGAUGAAGGAGCUGAAGAACUCGCAUGCUCAGCGGGAGCUUGAACUACGAGAGCAAGUAGCCCUCCUCACAGCUUCGGCAAGAUCACCAGAGUCCUCAGAAGAGGCACUGUCUGCUCGCCAACUACCCGAUGCCGCUGAGCAUGAUGCCAACGUGACUGACGAUGCGACACGUCAUCGACAGCUGAUCAGCCUCACGAACGAGGCCGCCCAAUGGCAAUCAAAGCAUCUCGAGGCUAUCGAAGCCACUAAGGCUUCCGAGAAGCAGCAUCUAAGCACAGUCCGAGAGCUAGAAUCUGCCAUGGAGCAGCUCCAGGCGAACCACACCGCCCGGCUGAACGAGCUAGAGGACACUAGAGGUGCCGAGGCUAAUGCUGCCCGUCUCGCCGAGCUUGAACAAUCACACGCGAACAUCAUCAAGCAAGUGGAGGAAGAUUCGGAAGCUAGAGCGUUGACUGAGAAGGAGCUCGAUACCCACAAGUCGCUCGUGGCCAAUCUCGAAAACCAGAUUGAAGAGCACAAGGCCGCCAUUGAUUACCACGAGCAGGGGAUGGACUCCUUGCAGAAGUCUCACGCAGCUGAGCUGGAGAAGUUGACCUCCGAGCUUACAACACACAAGGAGUCAAACGCUGUGCUACAGACCGAUCUCUCCAGAGCCAAGGAAGAGUUGGAAAACCUUCUGCAGGGCGUUUCUAUUGCCUUGAACCAAGAGAUUGCUGUUGGCCAAGUGCAGUCGCAAGUCGAGUCUCUGGUUGAGGCCCGCAAGUCACUCACAGCCCGCAUGGACCAAGCUCUCGACGAUCUUCAGGCAGCUAGACUUGAGCUAGCUGAUGCGACCAAGACAAUCGACACUCUGAAGGAGAACAUGAAAAAGUUCGAGGUGCUUAACGCCGAAACCAUCGAGGAGCUUGAGCGCGUCAGCGAGAAGGAACAGAAGAGCUCCCGUCUGGUUCAGGAGCUGGAGGAUCAGCUCAACCAGAACUGGGACCAGCAUGAGGCGACCAACAACCGCCUGUCUGCUCUUCAGACAGAGCGCAGUCGUGAGCUACAGGAUGUCAUUGUGCAUCGCGAACAGCUUGAGAAGGAUGUCGAAGACUCCCGGGCCAAGAUCGCCCUUCUUGAGUCACAGCUCGCAGAUGUCAAGCGAAACUCUGGCCGCGUUUCCAUGGAUCCUCGCGAGGAUCUUCAGAGAUCCAACUCGAACAACUCCAAUGCUCGCAAGAGCUUGAACAUGUCUCUCCCUUCGCCACCACCAGCUAUUCCGCUGCCUCCUCUGCCGCCAAACAGCCCUCCUCCCAGCCAGGUCAAUGCUCCUUCGCCACCCGCCUCGCGUCACCAGAGCAAGGACAUUGCACAAGCUCAGUUGGUCGAAGACCAGGAGGCUCGCAUUCGUACCAUCGAGAAGCACUUGUUUGCUGAGAAGCAGCUGACAGCUACUCUCGAAGAUGCCCUGACGGAUCUCGAAUCUUCGAGCCAAAAGACCAAGACCGAUCUGGAUCAGUACAGGAAGAAGUGCGCUGGACUCGAGGAGGAGCUCAACGCCAUGCGCAAGGAGCGCCAUGCUGCGCGCCACUCUCUUCAGGCUGUCGAGGAAGAGCGCAACGCUCGUCUACGCGUGGAGGCAGAACGCGCACACCUCGAGGCCCGCAUGGCCGCUCUCAACGAUGCCAACAGGAAGAGCAAGAAGAAGGGCACCUUGAACUGCUUCUAA